AGAGGAGCAGCAGGAGGAGAUCCGACCGGCCGGUGGAGCAGGAGCAGGAGCAGCAGAGAGAGGAGAACACAAACAUUUCCUUUCAAACAUGGUUUUAUUUUUCUCCUGUGGAUGAUUAUUCCUCCAAUCAUUUAACCAGGUCUCCAGUCAUCGUCCAGUCCUGUCAGCCUGUUUGGAUCUGCAAGUGUCAAGGAAUCUGCCACCUCUCCUCAGCGGGUGUGAAUUCUUGGUUCGAAUCAUGGGGAACCAGCUGACUGACAUCGCCCCCACCUCGUCCUUCCUGCCCAGCUUCCAGUGUCUGCAUGUUGUGGUGAUCGGCUUGGACUCAGCUGGGAAAACCUCCCUGCUCUACCGGCUCAAACUGAAGGAGUUUGUGAAAACAAUCCCUACUAAAGGUUUCAACACGGAGAAAGUGAAGGUGGCAGUGGGGGGGGGGCGGGCCACGAACUUCCAAGUGUGGGACGUGGGCGGUCAGGAGAAGCUGCGGCCCCUCUGGAAGUCCUACACCCGUCGAACGGAUGGGAUAGUGUUUGUUGUGGACUCCAAUGAGUUGGAGCGUUUGGAGGAGGCUAAAGUGGAGCUCCAUAAGAUCACCCGCACCUCAGAGAAUCAAGGGGUGCCGGUGCUGAUCCUGGCUAACAAACAGGACCUGGACUCGGCCUUGUCCGUCGGUGAGGUGGAAAAACUGCUGUCCGUGCACGAGCUGGGCAUCUACACGCUGUACCACGUGCAGGGCUGCAGCGCCGUGGACGGACAGGGGCUGCAGGCGGGCCUGGAGAAACUCUACGAGAUGAUCCUGAAGCGGAAGAAGACGGUGAAGCACAGUCGAAACAGAAAGAGAUGAACUCUGAGCUCCGGGAUUGUGGGCAUAACCUCGAGGAGAUCCUCUCAGCGUUGGGACACUUCUAGGCUCAAUGAGCCGUUUUUUUUUUUUCCUGAAGGAGAGCAAUUUGUGCCAACCGAAAAACAGAAAUUAUAAACUGCCUUCAGGGGUCAGCAGAAAUGGACUUGCUCAUAAAACCGAAGCAGUAUUGACUUUCUUGGCGUUGUUGCCGUGGAAAGCUGAACCAUUUGAUAUCGACAAUAGUCAGUCUUCACUAAGUGCUUGUUUAGGCCAUAUUUAAAGAGGAUUUCUAAGAAGGAC